AUGAAGGAGAAAAAGAACAACAGAGAGGUGUCUAUACAGGAGUUUAUAGACACUCUGAACGUCUUCGAUAAGGACGGCGCAGGCAAAGUAUCAUCCGGGGAACUUCGUCACGUGCUAACGGCAUUGGGUAAGUUCGUACCGUAUUUAUUCGAUUAAACGCCGCAGCGUUUUUAUUAAAUUUUUAGCGUUUUUAAUGCUCCGUUUAUUCAAGGGAGGUGUUUAUUUCCAAAUAAUUUUUUUCAAAUCACUGACAACAGUUAUUGCAGCCUCGUUCCUGGGAACGAGGUUGCAGUUAUUGUAAAUCGUCAGUUGUAUAUAUUUUGUAAUUUAAAGGUUCCAGUAUCUCCCUUAUUUUGCUAAGAUAGAAUCGUUAAUGUCUGGAUGGUGUAAAUUAGCAAGUUGUACCGACGUUUUUCUUAUUAUCCUCGAGUAAACGGCGCAUUCUUCUGAUUAGGUGCGGCGUUUAUUGGUAAUUUUGCUUUGAUCUACGGCGUUUGAUCGAGGCCGCCGCGGCGUUUAAUCGAAUAAAUACAGUAUGGGGAUAGGAUAUGGGCCUCGUAAUGUAAACAAGGCGCUCCCAUAGCCACCGUAUAUUUGUGUUGAAAUUUUAUUUUGGUUUAAAUCUAGUUUUCUUUGUUUCAAACUUGUUAUUAGACAUUGCCUGAAGGCAGAAGAGAAAGAAAAGCCGAACAUAGACUUAGGCUUUACCGUGUGCAUAGAGCCUUCCUUCUUUCAGUUUAGCUAAAAAUUGUUCGGGAAUAUUUCCCGGCGCUGGUUUACGAUCAAGGACUGUAUCUUCCUAUUCCACUAAAUGCGUUUAUUCUCUCUCAAGUUGAGUUCAAUGUUACACUCUUAAUGCUCAUUCCGUUCUAAACUAGAGCUCUAAAUACAUCAAUGACUUAUACUUUGACUAAAGAGAAAUACAAUAAUGCUACGGUUAAUUCUUGGCUCCCUGAACCCUAUUACGUUGCGUAGCCUUCAAUCUGGCCAAAAUUGAUCAUCGUUUCCCUUAAAUCAGUAAGUGAUCUAUAUUAUCUAUGCAACCGGUAAGUAAAUGUCACGCAGUGAAAAAAAUCAUCGACAUUCAGUACUCGAGUAUUGUUCGCAGAGGUUCAAUUCAUUUCUAAUUUACGAGGGAGCAUUCACUAAGGGUCCCAGUCCACAGGGGUAUUAGAGUCCCAUUUGCCACUUUAGACAUUAGAAUGAAACUGGAACGAGUUCACUUUCGCAAAGACUCCUGGGACUGUAGCUAGGGACCCCAGUACGAUCCCAGAAACAAUUGCGUUGUUCCAGUACCCCCCCGCCCCCCCGCUCGUUUCUAAAGUGGCCAAUUAGAUUCUUGUGGACAAAUGAUUGAAAUGACGAACAAAGACCAACCUCGUUCCCAUCGCUCUUUAUUGGAAGAAGCCCUGGGGAUUUCCCCAGUAGCAAUUCCAGAUGCGGAAACAAUUGCUGAACACAUUUCGACUCCAGUUCCCUUCUCUUGUUUCUAAAGCGGGCGAAUGCCUAAUAACACGAUACAAAAAAUGCCUCGGACGUUCGACCGGGCUGAACCUGUGUAUGACUGAAACUAAGACUUGUACAUCUCACAGGGAACCCAAGUAGUAAGUACAGUAGUGAACAAAACCAAUUUAAGCACUGAAGCAAACGUACCAACUCCGCGGUAUGACCAGUGCCUUACGUAUGCGCAUAACUAUAUAACCCCGGUAGUAGCAGCUAUGGACGGAUGCCGUAAGAGAACUGCCGUUUGCGGUUCCCAACCAACAGCUAACACUUGUCUACGGUAGAGCUGUUUUGCACUCGCCUCGGCAAUAAAAAGGCUCUGAGAAAGGCGCACUUUGUCCUUACAGAGAUCCGAUGGCUUUGCCAUACAUAUGAGUUGCCAUGUGUACUUCAGUGCUUAACCCCCGCCAUUGUACUACAUUCUUUUCUUCGUCUUGUAGGCAACAAGCUUAGAAAUGGCGAAGUCGAUGAACUGUUCAGUGACGUCGGGGAGUACCACGGAUUUAUUCACACAGCAGGUAUUUGUCUAGUUUCAAACCGAGGAGGGCUGGGUACGAGUAACUUCUCCGAGGCGCUCUGGCGGCGGGGAGGAAAAGGAAGGAGAGCUUGCAACUACAUCUCUAGAAUUUGAAUUCCACCCCCAAUUCCCUUGUGGCUACCCGUCGAUUGAGCUGUCAGAUUUCCACCAAUCAGCGCGAAGUGGAAUCGAGCGCGAACAAAAAUUGAAAAACACGUGAAAGUACGCGCCAAGGCUAAUGGCGUCAUUACUAAUAUCAUCUCAGCCAAUCAACAUUGCGUACUCCUGCAAACAGAUAGCAGACCAGCAAACAGAAGUUCCAGUGACAUCUUAUGACGUUAACCGUUUUACUUUUCUUUUCAUCCCCAGAUUUCGUGAAAAUGGUCAUGUCCAACCCAUAGCCAAGAAAGGAGACUCGUGUAUAAUGGCAGAUAUAUAAGUUUUUAAAAUACGGCAUUUACUCAAAACAGCGCCCUUGACUCUAACACCUCG